GAGCCAGUUGCCCUGAUGGAAGAGAACCAUGUGGAAGAGAUCCAAAUGCAAGAACCAUCCCCCAAGAAGAUCAAGCUGGAAUUGGAGACACAACCUGGUGGGUAUAUUCUGCCUGAUAUGCAGGAACAUGAAGUUUGCAAAAUCUGAAACGAGGCUAGGUAUACUCCACUGAAAACUUGUCCUCAGAGAAAAAUAAUCCAAAAACGUGUAGGGGUUUACAGGAGUGAUAUGGAGUGUGUUGUGCACGUGCCUAGUACUGAGUGAAUUUAAUUUGUACUGCUCUUUCAUUCUAUACAUAUAUUUCCUGGAUUAGUCGACACUCUAAUAUUGAUAUAAUGAAUUCUAUGGAAGAAAUGUUAUAUCAAGUUUUGUUGCCAUGUUACACUAAAAUGAUCGAUCCAUUGCAUUCUGCAAAAGUUUAAGCCGAGUUUUUUUCAUUACACAUGUAAUUGUUUAUUCUGAAUGUUGCAACUGAUCAUAUGAAAUUGUGACUUUUCAUGUCAAUUUGCAAACAUGGGGUGGUAAACAUGCAAUUUUUCACCAUCUGAAAGCUGGGAUUAUCAUCAAGAAAUUUCUGAGUAAUGUAGCUAACCCACCAGAAUGCCAAGUUAUAUUAUUUCUGUUAAAAUGAGAGAUUAAUAGCUUUAACAAGAACAUGGAAAAUCAAAGCAAUGACUCCACGGUGCAUUGGUUGUGCUGUCAUGAAAGAACAUGUUCUGAUGGUGAGAAAUUCUUUGUUUACCAUUUGGUUCAGUUUUGCUUUCAAACGUUUUCUGAACGUUUUCUGCUGUUGUAUGACUGUGUAUGUGUGUGUGUAGCUCAAUACUGGUGUGUAGACAACCCCUUAAAAAAAAGACUGUAUCAACGAAAUGUUGAAAAUUAGAACUAAAAGUUUUAAUCGUUUUUUGGUGCGGCCAUGUGGCGCAAAAAUUCAGGAGACAGAACUCAUUAAUGUGAUAGGAUGAAACUUUUAUGUUGGAACAACUACAUGUACAGUAGUAGAGGUCAAAAUGUGACAUGAACCACCUUGAAAGCUUUUGCAAACUUCAUCUUCCUAAGAUUUCUUACAUUUUUCCAUCUUGCAUUUGACCAGUACUCCUUAGCUAACCAUAAACACAUCUGAUGUUCAUACGAUCAUUUCAAUCGCUUCUGAUAUUUGUCUUUUGUUUUGUUUCUCUUUGUUUUUGAGUUUUCUUCUUCGUAGGCUUUGGUAAAGCAUCGUCAUGGCAGCAGAACUGAAUGGGUUUUAUUCUCAGAAACGACAUCGUGGAAUACAAGAAUCUCAUGUAGUAUAAAUAACUGUUGUUAGGAAUGCUGUAAGGUGGCAGAUUUACUUACUUUAUGAUAAAAAAAAUCACUCACAUCCUCUUAAAAACUUGGGAAUGGUGCAUGAAUAAGGUUAGGAAACAAUGUAGAUUUGAAUUGAUAGAUAUAACCCCUCCUGUUGCUCAUGUUAGUCCAACAUUAUUUGUGUUUGCAUCCCAGUUCUCAAAUUGUUUCCUUGAAAAUUAUUUAAUUGAUUUUUUUUAUUAUUUAUUAUUUUUUAUUUAAAAAAAAUGUUAUAGUGGGGCGGCAAUAUGUAUUUUUCAUGGACAGAUUGCCCAUCCAUUCUCCUGUCAUGUAGAAUACUCCAUUUAUCACAGUCUUUCUAUUUGCUUUAUCCUCUUCUGCAGACCCUUCAUAAUUCAUUCAUCCCUUCCUUCACUUUUAACAAUUUCGAUAAGUGUCUCCUGAAAUAAUAAACUUGUACUGUCCCACACACCCUUACAUGUAUAUGCAGAUUAAUGAAAGGUAAAACCUACACGUUAGUAUGCCAAUGAUUUGAAAGAAAAUGGCAUGAAUGGAUGUUAGACCACUGUAAAUGCUCUGCUCUUUCUCUCUCUCUUUUUUCUUUCCUUGUUCGUUAUUCUUCCAGGUUUGCAGCUAUUCCCGUGCACUUGACGCAGGCGGCUGUGCGAUGAGGCACUCUGAAAUGUGUGCAUUAAAGAAAAUGAAAAGUAAAACAACUAUUUUGAUAGAGUAGGGAGAAAAGCUAUCACAACUUUUCUUUGUUUUUAUUGCUGCAUGUUCAGAUAUUAUAGGUCAUAUAUUUAUACAAUCAUAGUUGCAAAGGAUUAUCUGAAAGUUGUAGUGAGGGGAAAAGAUAAUUGAAUUAAGUUUUAAGGAUUUCACUAUUAUUAGUGUUUGGAGAAUACUAUGAUGUGAUAUGUUAUAAGUGCAUCAAUUGUUGUUCAAUAUGAUGGAGAAACACCUCUUUGUUGACGUAAAAUCAGGAUAUAAAUUGGCAGUAAAGUCGGAAUUAUUCCCAACAUUUUAAUGUCGGGAACAUCAUUUGUAAGAAAUCUCUACUUAAUCUUGAAGCUAAUGUGUGUUGAUGUGGAAGGUGAAUUAAAGAAAGGUUAUUGGCCUGCUUAAAGGCCCUAUGUAUCGUAACCUAUGUGUUUCUUCUCUUGUUUUUUGGUCAUUUUUUUAUUUGCAUAUAAAAGCAAAACCAGCAAGGAGUGACGCAUUGUCUUUCUGAGCAGCUAACAGAACUGAGCGACCGAGACGUCUCAUCAUCACAUUUUUUUUCUCUUUAUUCCUCCUCUCCCACAUCCCCCGUCAAUAGAAAUUGCUUUGAUAGCAGAACUUGCAACAAAGAUGCUUAUUAUCUUGAAUCCCCUUGCAGUUUAAUAUGCCUCACUGUUCCCUGGUCAAAUUUUUAAGAGAUUUCCGAUCGACUUAAUGAAAGAAGCAGUUCAAUCUGCGAGUCCCCAAUAGCCACUCUUAGAAAUGAUACAUUUGUUACCUGACAUUGCUGUCAUAUUCCUUCUGUAUGUAGAUUGACACAAAUUUGUAUACAAUUUUACUUUCUGAGAAACCAGAGAACCUUAAUUUGGAAUUUGUACCAGAAUGUAGAUGUCACAUAGAUCAUCAAGAACAUAUUUUGAAUGUUACCAUUACUGGAUAAGUAAAAAUUUCCAAUUAGCAAAUAAAUAAACAUUAGGUACCAUGAAGAGUAGCAUUGGUGUUUCUUGAAUUUGUAAGUGCUUGGUUCAUUAACAUGUAAGUGCCAUCACUGAAAAUUGAACCCCUUGACAUUUUGUAAGCCCAGCCAUACAAGCCAAACAUAGGAAGCAUUAUCCCCUUUUCCUGCAAAUAUUUUGUCUUUUGCUGAUGUUGGAUUUGACUCAAGGUUUUUCUUCCCUGUCUUUUGUAUUUUUUUCUUUGCAUUUUUAUUCUUUAUUUUAUGCCAUGUAGCUUCAGCUAGAGCAGCAUGUGUGAAAAGGAGGUGAUGAGGUUGUAUGUAAACAUAUGACCUCUGACCUUGGCCGACCCACAAGCAAUCCACCAUGGCCAGUGAGGUCGCUGACCUUUGCGCUCUUCGGACCGUCCGACCGAUCCCAUGUAAAAAAAAAUAUCGACCCGAUGCUGCACCGCAACCCAUCAUUCAGCUAUCGAUUCCAACCACCCCUUAACGCUACUCUAGUGCUUCCCUCAUGGACCUCGCAGUCGAAGAGGAGUCCUCCACGCCGCCUCCACCACCAUCGCUGCAGAGCUUUGAGUUCCAGUUUGCAGAGCAGACAGGGCCGGUACUCGCUGGCCCCGGUGCAAAGAAGGAGACUCUGCUGGCGUUGCCCGGGAUGCCGUCCAUGAUGGGGCUACCUAAGCUGAGCGCGGAGCAGCAGGAGGCUGUCAUGAAGUCUAAGAAGUAUGCCAUGGAGCAGAGCAUCAAGAGCGUGCUGGUCAAACAGACAUUAGCGCACCAGCAACAGCAAAUGUCAAACCUUCAGAUGCAGGCCCAGAGGCAGCGGGCCAUUGCCCUGAUGUGCCGGGUGUACGUGGGUUCCAUCAGCUUUGAGCUCAAGGAGGACACCAUACGCCAAGCCUUCCACCCCUUCGGUCCUAUCAAGAGUAUCAACAUGUCCUGGGAUCCCAUCACCAUGAAGCACAAGGGCUUUGCGUUCGUGGAAUACGACCUGCCUGAGGCUGCACAGCUGGCCCUGGAGCAGAUGAACGGCGUCAUGAUCGGUGGCAGGAACAUCAAGGUGGGUCGACCCAGCAACAUGCCUCAAGCACAGCCGGUUGUGGAUGCAAUCAUGGAAGAGGCUAAACACCAACCUAGGAUAUUUAUUACAUCGAUUCAUUCAGAUCUCUCGUCUGAGGACAUCAAAAGUGUAUUUGAAGCCUUUGGUAAAAUUAUAUCCUGUAGUCUACCGUCGGACUCUGUCGGAGGAAAACAUAAGGGUCAUGGAAUAAUUGAAUAUGAUAGUAUGCAGUCAGCGUCGGAUGCCAUCUCGUCGAUGAACCUCUUUGAUCUUGGUGGCCAGUUCCUCAGAGUCGGAAGGGCUAUUACCCCUUCAACGAUGACAGGUUUUCCUACGAUACUUGGGGGCUCUGGUCUUCCUCCAGCUGCUGCCGUUGCUGCAGCUGCUGCUACAGCUAAGAUACAGGCCCUAGACGCUGUGACUGCACCAGCAGCCAUGAACAUGAACAUGGUGAGUGUAGCCCCUACCAGCCUCAUCAACCCUACCACCUUGACAGCAGCUCCAGGGCUACUGGCCACACCUCAAGUCGGUAUCCUCGGCAUGCCCCAUGCUGUCAUGGCUAGCUCAGCGGCUGGAGUUAUCACUGGAGUGACACCUGUCAGACCACAAAUUGCUACGCUCCCUAUCUCCACAGCAGCUCCAGGUGUCCUCACGACCGCCCCUGGCAUGACGGCAGGCUUGACGGCUGGCCUGAUGGCUCCGGCGAUGGCCGCUGUAGCAGCCGCAGCAGCAGGUAUCGCUGAACAAGUCAAGGAGGAACCGGCAGAGAUCAAAGACGUGGAGCUUCCACAGACCAUCAGCGAGCAGGAGAACAUGACGAUAUCAGGCAGCAACGCAAGGCACAUGGUCAUGCAGAAAUUACUCAGAAAAUCAGAUUCACAUGUGAUGGUUUUACGCAACAUGGUCGGUGUGGAGGACCUGGACGAUGAACUAGAAGGAGAGGUGACGGAAGAAUGUGGAAAAUUUGGAACGGUCAACAGGGUGGUCAUCUACCAGGAGAGGCAAGGAGAGGAGGAAGAUGCAGAGGUCAUCGUUAAAAUCUUUGUGGAAUUCUCAGAUCCAGCGGAAGCCGAGCAAGCAGCUGAUUCGCUCAACAGCAGAUGGUUCGGAGGCAGGAUGGUACGAGGAGAGAUCUAUGACCAAGAAAGAUUUGAUUCUAGUGAUCUAUCGGGUUGAUCCAUUCUCUACUCUUCUUCUCUACCUGUUCUCUCUUUCUUCUAUCCCUCCAUCCACGUUGUCAUUUCCAUCUAUCACUGUUUCAUCAGUCUUGCCCACCUUGAUACAUGAUGUACCGUAUCCUGAGAGCGAGAAGGGCAUCUUUUUUAUAUUAGAAGCGCGCAGAAUUCGAAAUGGUCCCGAAUUUCGAUAGACCCCCAAAUUCUGAAAAUGUUAAGGGGGGCUCAUGCAUACAGACCAAAAUAUUGCAAUCCAGACCCCUGUCAGAAAUGUUAGUUUGGAAGGGCACUUUGUGAGUUGUCAUGAGCAAGCCUUUUUAUUUCUCGACAUACCUGUAUGAUAUGGUAGUUUGCGGGGUGUUCUAAUGAGUGUUUCUCAAGUGAAUAGACGAUCAAUACUUUGAUGUGUUUGUGUUGCUUGAACUUCUUAAUACAAAAAGAAGACCUCUUUACGGUGAUGUAAUUUUUUAUUACAACAAAUUACACACCAUGCAUUAGAGACGAGCUGAGGUUACACUGUAUAGUUCUAGAAACCAACUAACCAUUCAAUUCCUAAACUUGAUAACCAAAUGCAAAAUACUCAUCUUCUUGUAUGACUUGGGAGGUUUUGCUACGUUAUGUGAUACAUUUAUUACAAUGAUUUUUUUAUUUUAGAUACAUUGCAGGUUGUCUGAAUAUAAAUUGAAAGAAAAUAUUUAUGUUUUAAUGCUGGCUCAUUGACAUUUUUGGAGAAAUAUUCUCUGUGAAAAUUGUUCAAAUGUAUACCAAUGAGGAUGACCCAAAGUAUGUUAGUAUGUUCAUGCCCAGUCUUUAAUAUGUACAAUCGAAUAUCAUGCAUUGAAGUUUUGUCUAACUUUUUUGUUGUUUUAUAUAUUGUCAAUGUUUAAAUCACAUAUAAGCACAAUCUAUAUUAGGUUGAUAUAUUCCUUUACAAUGGAAUAAAGGCACAAUUUUCUAUCAAUUAAUGAUUAAUUUUAUCAUCCCCCCUAUUCUUUGAUCAAAUUCUAUAUUUAUGAAUUCUAUAACUUAAAUAAUUCUUCUAAAAUGUUUUGCUUCAACGGUUUCAUUGUCAACAUCAUAGCAAGAGCAUAUUCAGAAGAUCAGUUGAAAACAUUUUCUCUGGCAUUAAAUCCAUCUUCACUGCCCCUAAAUCUAACUGAUGUCACAAGCAAAUUAAAAAAAAGGUGAUUAAAUCCAUCAUGUCAUAAGGUAUCUUUUUAGAUCUAACUUAUUUGGUGUAGUUGUUUGGUAGAAAUUGAGUUGAUAUGUCUGCCAUUCCACUGUUGAACAUGGAGGAUUCUUCGCUGACAUGCGGUGAUGUACUCAUGGAAAGUCAUAUUUUAUAACUUUCCUGUGAAAUGUGAUCAAAUGUUACCUACAUAUACUUGUAUCUUGUAGUAAUUCUAACAUAUUCAUGUACAAUGGUUAUGAUAUUGAGUGUUGAAAAUACAGUAUUGCUCCUAAUUUUGAAAUAUGAAACUGGUUCAAUAGCAAGAUUGAAAAUUUGCACUUGAUGGUAAUAUACAAUAUUUUGAUACAUAAACAUGUAUGUCAUGAUGUAGCUCUAGAAAACAACAUUGCCCCAGAUUUCUUACUGUCUGCUUUUAAAAAUGCAUGAAUCUUUCCUAAUGUUCAUCUUAUUAUAACUCAUUACACGCCUAAAAGUUAUACGCAAUUUGGAGAGUUGUUCAGUGUCACUUGUAUUUUCUCGUCAUCAGAGUUGCAUGCAUGAUUACUACAAUACUUAAAUUUAUUACCUAUCGUAGAUAAGACAUUUAUCUUGUGGCAUGAUGUACAAUGCAACUUGUCUAUAGUAAAAUGCUUCAAAUUGGCCUACAUUUCUCUAAUGAUCCAUUUGGUCACAAAGAAAACUCAAUAACUUAUUAUCAGUUGAAUUUUAAAUGAGUGCAUUGGAAGUAAAUUAGAAUAGAUUUUUGCAAUGUAAUAUCUGCAUGCAACUAGCAGAACGUCGUUAGCACACAUGUCUGUUGACUCUUGUUAUAAAGCAAAUUUCUGAUUUGCUUCUAAAAUAUUGAUGGCUCUAUAUAUAUUGUACCAUUUUGUUUAACUUGACAGGAAUUUCUUUGUUAUUGACUAAGAAAAAACCAGAAUGUAUUGUAACUAACUAAUUUGAGAAGUUUUUUUUUGUGGUACUAUCGAGCACAUAAUUAUGGAGUUACAGGCACUUAAUGCUAACAGCCUUCUAUUUAAUGCAAUAGUCACCUGCACAUUUUGCAGAAAGACGCAAUGCGCUCGGACCAUCUGCCAGCGGCACAACGAUAUACAUGUUAUGUUACAAUCUAUUAAAGUUAGAUAAAACUGAAACUUGGGCCAAAAAAAUAUAUGAUUGAAUGCCAGUGAUAAAGUGAAAGUGAUAAUGAUCCAUGUGAUUAUGUAAAUGUAUGUGCUUUCAAAGUGCUGUAAUUAUUUAUGUCAGCCUUAUUAGCUGUAGUUCUGCCAGCUAACAAACUCAUUGUAAAUAAAGAUUUGUGUACAUAUUUUA